AUGAGGCUCCUGUGGCUACUCGUUUUCACUGUAAUCUGCACGUCGGGGGACGUCGAUGCCCAGGACACAUGCAGGCAGGGGCACCCUGGUGUCCCUGGGACUCCUGGUCACAAUGGUUUGCCUGGACGAGAUGGAAGAGAUGGAGCAAAGGGUGACAAAGGGGAUUCAGGAGAACCAGGUCUUCCUGGUGGUCCAGGCAAGGAUGGACUGAACGGAGAGAAAGGAGAACGAGGAGCGGAUGGCUACGUGCAAGCCAAAGGCCUCAAGGGUGAACCAGGCACACGAGGCCCCCCAGGGAAACACGGGCCCAAGGGCUUGGUGGGGCCUGUAGGAGACAAAGGGCUCAAAGGAGAGACAGGCCCGCAGGGCCUGAAGGGGGACAAAGGCAACGUGGGGCCCGUGGGCCCAGCAGGCCCCCAGGGAGAUACUGGACCUUCUGGUCCAGAGGGUUUACGAGGCCCGGUGGGCCCCAUCGGGAAACCAGGUCCCAGGGGCGAGGCUGGGCCGCUGGGGCCGCAGGGGGAGCCCGGAGUGCGGGGCAUGAGAGGCUGGAAAGGGGACCGCGGGGAGAAGGGGAGAGUAGGGGAGACCCCAGCGCUGCCCAAAAGCGCCUUCACCGUGGGCCUCACGGUGCUGAGCAAGUUCCCGCCGUCCGACGCGCCGGUCAAGUUCGACCGCAUCUUGUACAAUGAGUUCAACCACUACGACGUGGCCACGGGGAAGUUCACCUGCCACGUUGCUGGCGUCUAUUACUUCACCUACCACAUCACAGUCUUCUCCAGGAACGUCCAGGUGGCCCUGGUCAAGAACGGGGCCAAAGUCUUGCACACCAAGGACGGCUACAUGAGCUCCGAGGACCAGGCGUCGGGGGGCGUGGUGGUGCAGCUGAAGCUGGGCGACGAGGUGUGGGUGCAGGCGGCGGGCGGGGAGCGGUUCAACGGACUGUAUGCAGACGAGGACGACGACACGACCUUCACGGGCUUCCUCCUGUUCGCCAGCUGAAGGCUCAGGAUGCUCGCUGCCCCGCUGGCCGCAUCAUGCUUCGCGGGGCCCAGACCU